AUAGCCUAUAACAGUCUUAUUCAUACAGACACAUAUAGUUAAAAUUAUUUAAAAUAUGUAAAUCCUUUUAUUAUAUGACAUUGUAGUAUCACCAACCCUAUGACUGGUAAUAAUUGCAGGGCUGGAAAAGGAAAGGACAAUGCAGCACUGUGGAUCUGGUAUCUGCGUUUCCACAGUAACACAUAUUAAAUUACAUAGAGGCUAACAGGUGGUGGACUUUAAACAGAGGUGGAGGGACAGGUGACGUGGGCAACAGAAAACUCCUUCCUGGAAAGAUACAAGCUACAGCAAAAAUGGCAAAAUUCUUCACACCCGUUCAAAUCAAUGAGUUCAAGGAGUGCUUUUCUUUGUAUGACAAGAAGCAAAAGGGCAAAAUUGAUGCCAAAGACCUGAUCACAGUUAUGCGCUGCCUGGGGACGAGCCCCACAUUUGGUGAAAUCGAAAGACAUCUACAAGUUCACAAAAUUGAAAAGACAGGUGAGCUGGACUUCUCUGCAUUUCUGACAAUGAUGCACAGACAGAUGCAACAGGAAGACCCAAAGACAGAAAUCCUGGAGGCCUUGAGGAUGACAGACAAGCAGAAGAAAGGAUACAUCCAGGCAUCUGAGCUCCGCACCAAGCUCACCAUGUUAGGAGAGAAACUCACAGACAAAGAAGUGGAUGAGCUCUUCAAAGAGGCAAACGUCAAGUCAAAUGGGACGGUCAACUACGAAGAGUUCACCCAGAUGGUGACGCUGCCGCCUGUUGAUUACUGAAUUGUUUUUUAAUGGAAAGAAAUUCAAAACAGCGUGAUGGGGACUGGCUUUAUAUACACUGAACUUAUGAAUAUGACUGACCACAUUGUGAAGCACUGCUGUUAUAUUUAAUUGUAACUAACACCAUAUGAUAUGGUUUGGCAUGUUUUCUUCUUUGAUGUAAUCAAAUUUCAAAACCGUUAAAUUCUCAGUACACCUUUUGUCAAGCCUGACCCUCCACCCAAACAAAUAAGUUUGAAUUUAAAGCUGGGGUAGGCAAUAUUGGAGAACUAGCAUGACACAUCUAGAUUUUGAAAAUAAAAACCCACCCUCUCCCUUCAACUCUCCGUCCAAAAGCAGUCCCCCAAAAUACAUUUGAAUUUGCGGUGAAUACCCGGGCAGAGAGCGUGCAGGUAAACCAGCAGGACUCUAAUAAGCAAUGACAAAUGAUUGACCGUGCUUAUUACAGUCCUGCUAUCGCCACAGAUACCUGAUUUUUCUUUUUCUUUUUUGUACAUAGCAUUUGAUUUAUUGAUUGCUGUUGAGAUGUAAAGGGAAUUUCAACAAAUAAAACAAACUUUGCUUCAUAAAUAAUUGCAUGCCCCAGCUUUAAUGUCAAGUUUGAUAUUUUAUGUAUGUACUUCUUCAUGCUUGUGAGUAAUACAUUUUCAAACCUUUAGUUUCAUUAAAUAGCUUCUCAUAAUGUAGCGCUGUCAACUUUCAACACAUCCGUAUUAAAUUCCUAAACUUGAAGCUGUGGAGUUUGAACAUAUAAUUGAGCAACUGUAUUUAAAGCUGUUUCAGUUGGUUUCAGUUGUUGUCAUGUCAUGCAUAGUUGUCAGGCAUUUGUGAAAAUUACAUUUACACAAGCGACUUGUAAUUUGCAUUUUGUUUCACAAGUUUUAUUUUGUAGUACAAAGCACAGUAUAUGAAUAUCCAUAUGUAAUAACAUCACUGAUUAAACAAAUGUAACAUUUUCUCCAAAGCAUUGUCAUUGUUGUCUUGCUUAUUAACAGUUGAUUUAAAUGAAGUAGGAAUU